AUGGAGAUGUUAGUAAAGCUUCCGCCAGAAAAGCAAGCUAUGCAUCUUUUGCGUACAUUUGAAGGAGUAAGCAGUGAAUACCACUGGUUUCUCCGCCAACAGUUUAGAGAUCGGAUGCGGCAGACAUACUCCCAGCCUACAAGUCAUGCCAACGAUAGAAAUUGGUUCUGCCAACUGUCCCUUGUCUUAGCUUUGGGCCAAACUCUCGAAAAGCAGCCAAAACAAGAGUCUGAAGAGAUAAAUGGCCUAUGGGAUUUCAAUCAGUCUUCAGCUUCGUUAGAUCUAUUUAGCCAGGCCGUGUCUUUAUUUGGCAUCUCAGAGACUCUAACAUUGGAGAACCUCGAGACAUUGAAUCUCAUGGCUUAUUACUGCCACUUUACAAACCGACCAAAGGCAGCUGUUAUCUACAUCAGCCAGAGCAUAGCAGUAGCAAGGCUGCUUCAACUUGACGAUCCAGAAACAUACCAGCCCAAGAGCUCAGGACAGCAAGAUGGUAAAAGCCAAUGCAUCACCAAAGGGCACAUGCUUCGGUUAUGGUGGACGACUGUCUGUCUGGAUAAGACGCUUGCUACAGAACUUGACUUGAGUCCAGUGUACUUGACCCCGUCUCUGGACUUGCCGUUACCGUCUUCAGAAGGGUUUUCAUCGGAGAAUGAGGAUGAGUUCUUUGAUUUGGAGCUUUUAUUGGCGGAGAUCCAGUCUUGA